AUGCCGUCGCCCACAGACGACGAGAUUCCCUUUCCGCCGCUACGCGGCAUCCACCACCGCUCCCACCUCUCGCCCAGCGACGCAUGCGUCUCGCCCCCGCGCCAGUAUGAUGGCGGUGGCGGCAGCGGCGGCGACGGCGCGGCCGACUCUGCGAUGCGCAUGCGGCGUCUCCACGGCUCGCGCAGCGGCAGUCGCCGGCGGAAGCGGACGUGGAAGAAGCUCAUGUGGGUGAAGCAAUCCUACCCUGACAACUACACCGACCAGGCCACGUUUCUCGAAAACCUCCAGCGGAACCCGCGCCUCAAGCCGUACGACUUUUGGCCGCUCGUCGCCGACUCGACCGUCAUCCUGCAGCACGUGUGCUCCGUCAUCAUCUUCAUCGUCAGCUUCGUCGCCAUCUUCCACUCGCGCGUGUCGCCCGUGUCCGUCGUCAGCUGGAGCUCCGUCGGCACAUUUCUCGGCUGGAUCCUGUGGGAGCGCUGGGUCGCCGAGGAAGAGGACCUCGAGGAGCAGCAGCUGCUGCUGAGCCCGCCGCCGACGGCCACCACCGCCUCGACGACGACAACGACGACAACGGCCACCACUGGUGUCGCGCCGGUGGCUCCCGCGGUGGCGCCGGCCACACGGCGCCGGACGCGCGCCGGCAGCUUGCGUAGGCCCGUGCUGCCCAUCCCGCCUCCGUCCACGGCCGGCUCUUCGGCCGCGAGCUCCACGACGAACCUCGCGCUGGGUGCCGCGGCGCCCAGCAGGAUCAGCCGCGCGGCAUCGGCCGUAGACGUCACCGGCAACGACCAGCUCGGACUGCCGAAGCGCCCGCCGCGCAACUCCGGCUCCGUCCCUGAGAUCCGCAUCGAGUACCCGGCCAACCUGCCCGGCGAGGAGAGCCGCAUCAUGCAACGGCUGAGCACCAUCAAGUCGGCCAUGCUCAUCUACUCGACGCUCCUCGGUCUCAGCCCGAUCCUCAAGUCCCUCACCCGGUCGACAUCCAGCGACAGCAUCUGGGCCAUGUCCUUUUGGCUGCUCGCUAUCAACAUCUUCUUCUUUGACUACUCGGGCGGCGUCGUCGGCGCCCAGUUCCCGGCCUCCCUCUCCACCAACGCCGCGCUCAUGGCCUCGACCGUGCUCGCCAGCCGCCUGCCCGACACGACCCAGGUCUUCUCGCUCACCCUCUUCAGCAUCCAAGUAUUUGGCCUGUUUCCCGUCUUUCGCCGGCACGUGCGCCACCGCGACUGGAAGUACCACGUCGUGCUGAGCGUGCUGCUCGUGCUCGGCGCAGGGCUCGGUGUCGGCAUGGUGCUCGGGGACGUCGAUGGCGGCGGCGCCUGGCCCUGGAAGAGGGGCGUCAUCGGCAUGGUCGUGAGCGUGCUGAUGGCGGCGCUGGCGGCGGGCGGGUGCAGCUGGUGGCUGAUUGGGCUGCAAAAGUACAAGAAUGAGAUUCGAGGCCCAUGGGACCCGGCCAGACCCAUCAUCAUGAGCAGGCCUCGAUGGGACUGA